CCGCGCCACUUCCGACUCAGCUCUUGGUUCAGGUUCCGGGGCGCCGCGGAGCUCCCGGCCUGUGGACGCCGCGCGGCGCUCUGGGGAAUCCAGCGCCAAGCGCCGUGCGGUGGCUAGGAUGGAGGAGGCCGGAGCGGCGGUGGUCACGGCCGGGGAGGCCGAACUGAACUGGUCCCGCCUCAGCGUGUCCACUGAGACGCUGGAGUCUGAGCUGGAGGCGCGGGGCGAGGAGCGGCGCGGCGCGCGUGAGGCACUGCUGCGGCUGCUGCUGCCUCACAAUCGUCUAGUGUCGCUGCCGCGGGCGCUGGGCAGCGGCUUUCCGCACCUCCAGCUGCUGGACGUGAGCGGCAACGCGUUGACCGCCAUCGGCCCAGAGCUGCUCGCGCUGUGCGGCCUGCGCACGCUGCUGGCCAAGAACAACCGGCUCGGCGGGCCCAGUGCGCUGCCCAAGGGCCUGGCCCAGUCGCCGCUCUGCCGCAGCCUCCAGGUACUCAACCUCAGCGGCAACUGUUUCCAGGAGGUGCCUGCCUCGCUCUUAGAGCUGCGUGCGCUGCAGACCCUGAGCCUGGGCGGCAACCAGCUGCAGAGCAUCCCGGCUGAGAUCGAGAACUUGCAGAGUUUAGAGUGCUUAUAUCUUGGAGGAAAUUUCAUUAAAGAAAUCCCACCAGAAUUAGGAAAUCUGCCUUCUCUGAAUUACUUGGUAUUAUGUGACAACAAAAUCCAAAGUGUACCUCCUCAGCUUUCACAGUUGCAUUCACUUCGUUCCCUAAGUCUUCACAAUAACUUGCUGACAUAUCUGCCGCGGGAGAUCCUCAACCUUAUUCAUUUGGAAGAGUUGAGUUUACGAGGAAAUCCAUUGGUUGUUCGUUUUGUUAGAGAUCUAACCUAUGAUCCUCCAACUCUCCUGGAAUUAGCUGCACGGACCAUUAAGAUCCGAAAUAUUUCCUACACUCCCUAUGAUCUUCCUGGGAAUCUUCUUAGAUACUUGGGUUCAGCCAGCAAUUGCCCAAACCCAAAAUGUGGAGGAGUCUACUUUGACUGCUGUGUCAGACAAAUUAAAUUUGUGGACUUCUGUGGGAAGUAUCGCCUCCCACUGAUGCACUACUUGUGUUCCCCAGAAUGCUCUUCCCCUUGCAGUUCUGCCUCUCACAGCUCCACAUCCCAGAGUGAAUCUGACUCAGAAGAUGAAGCUAGUGUUGCUGCACGCAGAAUGCAGAAAGUUCUUCUUGGUUGAAUAGGAGUGCACACUGGUGUGAAAUACUUAAAAAACUGAGCAAAGGCGAUUAGAUAAGAAAACAGAGCUUGAAGUUCACUGUUCACUAGAAACCUUAUCUUCAUCUUAAGUGUUCAUGAAAGAGUCUGGGAUGAUAUAAAACAUUUUGUGUCUCAUCUACCCAUUCAGCAGGAAUGAGUCCAGUCCCAUGUUUGGAUUCUUUUAACAUAAUUUAUUAUGAAUGAUAGUUCCACAUUUGGCUGAUGGUUUGCAGUUUUCACUCAAGUUUUGCCUGAAUCAGAAAGCAGACUGGUACCUUUUGAAGAGCAGUUCUACAAUAAGCCAUAAGUAGUAUACCUUUUGGCAGUUGAGAUGGAGAAAAUGAGAAAUAAUCAAAGCUAUAAUUGCCAGAGUUGCCCUUGGGUUUAGGUAGAACACUAUAUACCAUAUAUACUAUAUGUGCCAUAUAUAUAUGUAUUAUAUGCCAUAAACAGGAUUAACCCUCCCUUUUUUUAUUGCCUGUAUGUCUAGAUUAGUUCAGAGAAGCUCACAGAUGGUUACAUAGGACGUAAACCUUUCUGACAAACUAACUGGUGAAGUAAGGCAUAUAACGGUUAAGUGGGAUAUUAAAACUUUUUCAUUCUUUUCCUUUGUUCUAUAGGAUUGCUAUUAACCUUAUAUAAUCUAGCAAUGAUUGUUAUAGUGCCUUAAUCCAGCAAGGAUAUAAAAAUGUAUUCAAGAAAUAAUGCCAGAGCAACAUAUAACCUGACAUACCAUGCAGAACAUUUAAAAAUAUUCUUUAGCAGAACUAGGUAAAUAACUGUAUGUCUGAUAUCCAUGGCCCUCUUAAUAUUUUUUUGUUUAAAUGUGCACUCAUCCCUUAUAAGCACAUUACUUUUACACUUAAUGGUAGGCCAUAGUCUUGAUCAGUCUGGUCAUCGUAAGACAGAGUAAGAAUUUUUAACAAAAAAUUCUAAAAGAGAUAUAAGCUAGGAAAGCUUCUGUAUAUCUUGCAUUAAAUGGGUAGGGAAAAAAUAUGACUCUUGCCCAUGUCACGUACUGGACCAUCUUUCUCUACUUUUUAAAGAAAAACUAAUAAAACUAGAAAAAUAUCAUAACAAGCCAAAUAAAAAUGGGGAAAAGUUGUCAUUGUCCUUAUACCUAAUAAAACAGUUUCCAGAACUACUUUAAUUAUGGAAGCAUUUUCAAAAAUAAAGUAGUAAUAAAAUAGAAAAAACUUAUUAAUAUAUUAUAUCCUUAAUGUAUAGCAGGAAAAUAGUUUCACAAAUUAAUUGCUAUUAGAAAUUACCAAAUUUGUAUUAACUAGUUUAAUAUGCAAUACAAAUUGAAUUUUAAGUACAAUUUAAGUACAAUAUAAGUUGAUAUAAAGUAAAUGCUUACUGGUAAUCAUUAAAUAACUAAUAAAUCACUUGUUAAAUGUUAAACAUGCAGUAAGAAAUGUCAAAUAUACAGGUCAGAUAGGCAUUAGAACAUCAGGUGAUACCUUUUCUGAUUUCUGGCAUUCAUGGCACACCAUUUCUUAAAAGCAGAUUGUUGUAUAAUAACAUAUACAUGUAUUAGGGUUUUUUUCAUAUAUAUAUAUAUUUUAUUUUAGAAGAAACUAGCAUAAUUUAGGAUUUAUGUGUUUAUUUGUAUAUUAAUUCAUGAAACAUGAGAGUUUCAUGAACUGCAGAUGUGAAACGCUGCUAUAGAAUGAAUCCCUUUACCUUUACCCUGUUAUAAUGUAGUAAGAUUUUGUUUUCCUUUUCAUUCAGAAAUUUUCUGUGUCUAUAGAAGUAAUCUAAUAUGUUCCUACUGGCUAGAAGAGUAAUACAUGGGUGAUUAUAUCAUAAAAUAGAGGUAUAAAGAAUAGAGGUAUAAAGUCUUUGCUUACUUCUCCAUGUGAGCCACAGCAAACUGCAGAGUGUACAAUUAUGAAAGGUAAAGAUGACUUAGGCUGUGCCUAAGUGACAAAUGUAAAAUGUUUUGUAAAUAGGUGACUUAGCUAAGAUACAUAAGAUAUUUUCAUAGAAAAUGAUGUAUUCAUAGUAAAAUACUCGAAUUGAUAGGACCAACUUUUUUUGGCCUGAAUGCUUAUGCCUACUUCCUAAUCAAUUACCAACUUGACUUGAGCAACUGCUUGAGUAGUCUUCUAAGAGUUAGUCUUCGUAAAAUAAAUGGAUAGGUAUGUAAAUAUAUAAUCUUACAUAGCCUUUCCAACUUCCUAGAAAGAAGGUCUACUGCUUCAUCUUUUACAGAUGUAAAUAGGUCCAACCAGAGAGUUUCUGGCCUUUGCAUAUAAGAAUAUAGAUGUAUAUCACAGUAUUAUUUCAACAAAAUGUUAUGGUUCUAUGUAUAGUUGAAAAAUCUAUGAUCAGUGUACCGUUGUCUUUUGGUAAUUUUUAAUGAAGUAUACGUUUAGCUGUCGGUUUUAUCUUUCGUAAAUCUUUGACCUAACGUUUUAUAAGAGCAGCUAAUAAUUUCUAAGAUUUUUCCUGUUUCUUUUUCCUACCUUUCCUUUUCUCGUAACUGAUUAGGGAAAUUAACCAGAAGUCAGAUUCAAGGGACUUGAUAAUCUAGAAACCAGAUAAUCAGCUCCCAAGUCAUAUAGCUAACUAUGUAUUUAAAAUAACAGUCUGUCGCUUUAGUUCCUAAGUCAUAUACUUGUGUUUAAUUACGGUAAAUAAUCUUUAAUUGGGGUUUUUAAAAGACAGAAUUAGCGAAGUCUAAUUUUUAUAAUGAAAUAAGUUUUUGAUGUUGCUCUACUUGGACAAUUUUAGUGACCAAAACUACAGAUAAAACUGCUUAAGCAUAACAUUAACAUAUUUAGAAUGGCAUUCUUCAAUACUAGUAUUUUAAAUUGGAAUUAGUACACUGUGCAUUCUUAGUAGUCUUUAUCCCUAGAAUCAAUUCUCUCAGCAUCACCAAAGUGAGUUGGUGAAAUAAGUGCUAAGAUUCUGGGCAAUAGGAAGAUUAGUGAAUAUGAUACAUGGAUUACAGGGUGCCAGGGAUUGGCUGACUACUAUUAAGAACCAGCUGGCCAGGGUCCUCAGUAUUCUAGUAUUUGAGUAGUGGAGGUAAAUCCAAAGGCGACUGGUCAUAUUUUACUUCUGAAUGUGUGCUGAAGUGUCUUUUAUUAAAAAAUUCUUGAUAUUUAGAACUUCAGGUUACCACAUUUAAAAGUAAAGACUUAGCUGGACACGGUGGCACACACCUGUAAUCUUAGCACUUUGGGAGGCCAAAGUGAGUGGAUCAUAUGCAGUCAGGAAUUUGCGACCCGCCUGGCCAGCAUGGUGAAACCUCAUCUUUACUAAAAAUACAAAAAUUAGCUGGGCAUGGUGAUGCACGCCCAUAGUCCCAGCUAACUCUGGAGGCUAAUACAAGAGAAUCACUUGAACUUGGAAGACAGUGGUUGCAGUGAUCUGAGAUCAUUCUGCUGCACUCCAGCCUGAGUGAGAGUGAGACUCUGUCUCAAACAAAAAAAAAGAUUUGCAUUGUAAAUUGUACCUCAAUUUGAGAAGUUUUUGUGUUUGUGUAAAUAAAAGUAAAAAGCAAUCCACAAUAAUGUUUUGUAAUAGUGCACACCAGGUUUACCAGAUUUUGUAACUAUCAGAUUUAAA